AUGAGCCAUCAAUACCGCAGUAGCAAUAGCAAUAGCAGCAGCCGAGGCUGGACCCGUUGGUUAAACCUCUUACAAAGCUGCAACAAAGCAGCUCAAAUCAAGCCAAUCCACGCCCUUUUAAUCUCCCAAGGCCAUCACCAAAACCCAUAUCUCGUCAGCAAACUAAUCACCUCCCUUACCUCUCUUUCAACUACCCUCGCCCUCCGCUAUUCUUCCCUCAUCUUCAACCAGCUUCAAGAACCCAACUUAUAUAUCUACAAUACCCUCAUCAAAGCUCACUCUAACAGCCCACGCCCUCGAACUUCCUUUCAUUACUUCAAUCUUCUUUUGAAGGACGAAACGACAAUACCCAAUUGCCAAACCUUUAGCUUAAUUCUUGUUUCUUGUGCGAAAACUUGUUCUUUGUUUUCAGGAAAGCAAAUCCAAAACUGGGUGUUAAAAAACGGAGUGUUUUCAUCGGAUUCUUAUGUUCAAACCGGUGUUAUUAGGCUUUACGUUGAAGCCAGUCUAUGGAGUGAUGCCAGGAAAGUGUUCGACGAAAUUGCUGUCGUUGAUGUUGUUAAGUGGAAUGUGGUUAUGAGUGUUAUACGGUGUGGUUUGGCCCAAGCCUUGGGUAUUUUUAAGGAAAUGUUGGUUUCCGGUUUGGAGCCUGAUGAGUUCUGUUUGACUACAGCUUUGACAGCUUGUUCACAAAGUGGGAAUCUUUGGGAAGGGAAAUGGAUUCACGAGUACUUGAAGAAAAAGAAAAAUCAUUUGGAACUUGAUGUGUUUCUUGGAACAGCUCUUGUUGAUAUGUAUGCAAAGUGUGGAUGUUUAGACUUGGCCGUGGAAGUGUUCCAAGGGAUGUCUACAAGAAAUGUGUUUUCAUGGGCAGCCAUGAUCGGAGCUUUUGCUGUUCAUGGUUAUGCAAGGGAAGCCAUUCAUUGUUUCGAAAAGAUGCAAAAUUAUCGUAUUAAGCCCGAUGGAGUUGUUCUUCUUGGUGUUUUGACAGCUUGCCGGCAUGAAGGGUUUGUCGAGGAAGGUUUAUUUUUGUUGAAUAACAUGGAAGAUAGAUAUAGGAUUGUGCCCAAACAUGAACAUUAUAGUUGCGUGGUGGACUUGCUUUGCAGGGUAGGUGAAUUUGAUGAAGCUUUAAAGCUCAUAAAACGAAUGCCAAUGAAACCGCUUGCUUCUGUUUGGGGCGCUUUAUUGAAUAGUUGUCGGAUUCAUAACAAUAUCGAACUAGCUGAGCUUGCUGUUAAAGAGCUUCUAGAGGUGGAAGAUUGUGAUGAGGAUGAAGAAGAUGCAGCUCUUGUGCAGUUAUCCAACAUUUACUUCAGUGCUCAGAAAAGUGAAGAGUGUUAUAGGAUCCGUAGGAUGAUCGGUGACAGAGGGCUCAAGAAAGCACCAGGGUGCAGUAUGAUCGAGGUCGAUGGUAGGAAAACUGAGUUUGUUUCAGGUGAUGUAUCGCAUCCGCUCCAUUCUCAAAUUCAUGCUAUACUGAGGCUACUCUUCCCAGGGGACCCUGAUGACACCUUCUAGAAUAUAUGGAUCUCAGCAAAUGGCAACAAUGUCAGCACGUUGCAAAUCAACACACCUAAGAAUUACAUUCGAUCGUAGAUCUGUAUUAAUGAACACUCAUCUGAAACUAUAGAAUUUUAUCAAGAUGGUAGCAGUCAAUUCUUUGCUACAAUGGAGCCAGCUGAGUCAAUCUGAAAUUUUCUUGUCUAAGUAACCAUUUCUUACCAAUUUAACAAGCAAUUUCUUGUUUGAUUGCUAACAUUUUGCAGUGAUUUGUUUAGAAAA